UAUUAUUUUAUAUGUUAAAGGAAUAGUUCGCCUGAAAAUAAAAACCGUGUCAUUUACUUGUCCUCAUGUUGUUCCAAACCUGUAUGACUUUCUUAGUGUUUUGUAGUCCAUACAAUGGAAGUCAAUGGACACCAACACUGUUUGAUAACAAACAUUCUUCAAAAUAUCUUUAUGUUCUGCACAACAUGAAAAAGGGGAGCAAAUUUUGGCGAACCACCCUUCUAACUUGUACUAUAGACACUAGUGUGUCUGCAGACAUGUGCUGUGAACUCUGGGGUGGGUCACGUAUCCCAUGUAAGGAAAUCCAGCGGGGAAGCAUGGCCUCCACUCAGCUUUUAAAAUCUGGGCUCAGUUAUAUUUGUCUGGAUGAUAGACAGACGUUUUGAAUCCGCCAAUAAUGGGCGACCCUUCAGAGCCACUGAGCAUAAAGCAACCACAUUUUGACAGUAAGUAACAUGGUUUCAUUUGAGCAUAACUGGGUUUUCACAAGCUCAGUGGUAAUAGUUUAGCGGUGGAAGUGAAGUUUCCUGUACAUGAAGGUCAGCGGAAGAUUACUGAACGCUUGUUACUAAAACGGGCUCGUUAGGCCAAUGUAAACAUCCUCCGCGGUUAUGACGUCACGUUCCUGCAACUUUCCUUCGCCUAUAUGGAGGAAGAGGCACUUUUUUCUCAUUUUUAACAGCUACAACAAACCACUUUUAAACCGGCAUGGCAACUAAUAAACAGAAGUAAACUUCCAAUGUAGACAUUCGAGGUCGCUUGCAAGCAAAUAAACGACAACAGGACACGCGGUGAUUCAAAAUGCUGCGCCACGUGGAGACAAAACAUGACGUUAUCGACAUUUAGAACGAUUAUAAACACGAAUCUGGACAAAUCCUAACGGAAUAAUGAAAAAUAUUAAUUGUCGAAGAAGCCAAUGAGAGUCGCUCUCGCGUAUAAGCCCCGCCCUAAAAUGCUCGAACAUGGCUGGACUGCUCCGCAAUCUUCUUCUUCAGACUUGCAGCAGGAGGGGGUCAAAGUUCAGUGUUAGGCAUUUGAAGAUGGCCCUGCUGAGCUCUCUCCGGACCCCGGGUCUCUGUGGGGCCCUGUACUACACCGGGACCAGGAGCAUAUCUUCAGGAACCCUUCAUAUCAAAGAUUCGCUGAACUUCUGGAGUGGUGGCCGAGUCAGCCUUAAAGAUGUGAAAACCAAAUCCGAACCCGUAUAUGAGCCUGCAACAGGUCGUGUCUUGUGCCAGCUACAAGCUUGUGGUGCCGCAGAUGUUGAUGCAGCUGUCAGGAGCGCCAGUGCUGCUUUUACAGUGUGGAGUAAACUGGCAGGCAUGGAAAGAGCCAGAGUCAUGCUAGAGGCGGCUAGACUCAUUGGGAAGAGAAGAGAGGAGAUUGCUGAGAUAGAGGUCGUCAACAAUGGCAAGUCCAUCACCGAAGCCCGUUUAGAUGUGGACUCGGCCAGACUGUGCAUUGAGUAUUUUGCAGGACAAGCCACCACACUUUCAGGUCAGCAUGUUCAGCUGCCAGGAGGUUCGUUUGCUUACACUCGUCGGGAGCCGCUAGGUGUGUGUGUGGGAAUAGGAGCCUGGAACUACCCCUUCCAGAUUGCAGCCUGGAAAUCUGCCCCUGCCAUCGCUUGUGGCAACUCUAUGGUGUUCAAGCCGUCACCGGUGACCCCGGUGACUGCAGUGCUGCUGGCUGAGAUUUAUUCACAGGCUGGGGCUCCUGAGGGCCUCUUCAGUGUGGUGCAGGGCGGACAGGAGACGGGUUCUCUGCUGUGUCAUCACCCAUCUGUGGCGAAGGUCUCCUUCACAGGAAGUGUGCCCACAGGCAAGAAAAUAAUGGAAAUGGCUUCCCGAGGGGUCAAACCAGUGACACUGGAGCUCGGUGGUAAAUCUCCACUGAUCAUCUUUGAGGACACUGACCUAGAAAAUGCUGUCAGAGGAGCACUCAUGGCCAACUUCUUGUCUCAAGGCCAGGUGUGCAGCAAUGGCACCAGAGUUUUCGUGCAAAGCUCAGUUCUUCCUCCGUUCUUGAAAGAGGUGGCCAGGAGAACUAAAGCCAUCCAGAUCGGAGACCCUCUGUUGGAUGAGACUCGUAUGGGAGCUCUGGUCAGCAAACCACAUCUGGAAAAGGUGCUGGGAUAUGUGAAGCAAGCUAAGAAAGAGGGAGCCAGAGUUCUCUGCGGAGGGGAGCCCUUCAUCCCAGCAGAUCCUAAACUAAAAGAUGGAUACUACAUGACGCCGUGUGUGCUCGACGGCUGCACAGAUGACAUGACGUGUGUCAGAGAGGAAAUCUUUGGGCCUGUGAUGUCAGUACUGUCCUUUGACACCGAGGACGAGGUUCUUCGGAGAGCCAAUGACAGCGCUCUGGGUCUGGCUGCAGGAGUCUUUACUAAAGAUGUUAAGAGAGCUCAUCGUGUUAUACAAAACCUGCAGGCUGGAUCUUGCUUCAUCAACAACUACAAUAUCACCCCUGUGGAGGUGCCGUUUGGAGGAUACAAGGCCUCAGGUAUUGGAAGAGAAAAUGGCCAGGUGACCAUUGAAUUUUACACUCAGUUGAAGACCGUGGUGGUGGAGAUGGGUGAUGUGGACAGUCUAUUUUGAACACGAGCAAAAUGCAAAUACCAACAUUCUCUAAACACUAACGCACAGCUAUUGAAAUAUUAACUGUUAUUGAGUAUUAAUG